GCGGGCGCCCAGGUUGUACGUGAAACUAGUUAUCAGUCGAUCGACGAUACAGGUGCGAUGCGCGUGAUGCUGCCAACACUACUCGCCUGGAAGUGCUGAUGCAGACACCAUGGAGAGGUACAGCGGCAAAAUCCUGUUGGCGUUGGCGGUCCUCCUGGCGGCCGCCACAGCGUCAUCGGGAAAGGACCUCAACACCAGAAUGACUCCCGGGGAGAGGACUCAAGUAUUCGCGAAGAUGAAGGAGAGGUACAAAAGGAUCGAGCCUGCUUGCGUUCCCCCCGAGCAUCCCGGUGAAAAUACUAAGCCACUGCCGACGGCGCCGGACUCGUUCACCACGAACGUCGAGAUAGCUUUCCAAGAGAAAAAAAUGAAGGUCAUUUAUGGAGCCGAGAGUUUCGACGGCGUCUUGAACACAGGAGUCCUUCGCUACGAGUUAUCCGAAGGCAUCAUUCUAGGAAGACCUAAGGACGUGCAAAAGGUAAUCCACUACAGCAUCCCAGGGGACGAGGCUCUUUUCAUCAUCGCUAAUGAGGCGUGUGAGGAUGAGGGAGAGGAGAACUGCGACCCCAAGAAGCGCUGCCACGCCGGCAAGCUGGAGGACGUCAGCGCCGAACUCCGCGAGCUGUUCGGGUUCAGCGACGUGAACGGCAACGGCGGGUACUUCGGCGCCGGCGGGAUCCUGCAGUGGGGUCCGCAGUAUAACUACGAGUACAGGGGCCCCUCCGACUGCAGAGGGAUGCGCUGCGACAGAUACGAAACCUGCAUCACGAAGCCCGAUGAAAAUGCUACUGUUUCUAUUACCUAUUUCUGGUCAGAUAAGGCAUGGAACGUGACAAGCAACGGCGCCCAAGUGCCGGUUGCCAUCGAGAUUUACGCCACGGGCAAGUUUGGCCACAUUUUCCAAAGGGAGGUCAUGCAGCGCUACGACUUCUACGACUUCUACAGAGACGUCCGUCCUGAUCCAGACGAACUGGUGCCUCCGGUGGACGUCUACUGCCGUGGGAGGAAGGACAUCUACGCGCCCCCCCGCGCGCCCUUCUACUUCGCCUACAACGCCGAGUCCAUCGCGGGCUUUGACCUGCCCUUCCCCGCCGGCGACAACGAGACCACGACCGUGCACUUCACCACCGUCCUGUCCCACACCCAAUACUACGACUGGGAUGCCAAGGUGGUCAGAACAAAGUACGUUCCAUGGUUCCUUUUUGGACAAGAAAACAGGUACGAAUACACCACGGAGCUCAUCCAAGACUUCCAGCAAGGACUGACAUAUGAGAUCUUGGAGCACCUGAAGGUCUGCAACAUUAGGCCUACAGAAAACUUCACAAGUGCCGGCGACAUCACAGUCGGCGACGACGGUAGCGUGUCCAUGGUGCCUCCUUGGAUUUUCGCGGACUUGGAUGAGCCUAUGCAGUACAACGGCUUUCACUGGAUCCGAGGAGUGGACGCGGACGUGUGGGUCGGCCAGAAGAGGCACCAAAUCACCAGGCUGAAUGAGACGUACGUCUGGUACUACGCGUCGCCUUUCAUGCUGGACGAGAGCGAGAAUUUGAGAGCGCCCUCGCAAGGCGCUGCCCGCCCACCAAUGAGUCGAGAACCAGGAAUGGGCGUAAGGAUGCCGCCUCUGCCGGAGAAUUUCAAAGACAACCCCCCGGAAAUUGUGUCCAUGGACAGCAGCCCCCUUCGCUUCGAGAAAUAUCUGUCCAUUCUGGCCGGCCUCCCACACUCCAUCUACAACAUCUACAACUACGAAACGGAGCCGCCCUUGACCCACACGCUCGACGUCUCGCUCUGCUACAAUCGCGCCACGCAGAUGCGUCACUUCAUCUUUGAUUUGCCGGACGACACUCUCUCGAGGGUUAACUUCCUGCGAGACAAGCUGAAGUAUGCAUCCCAGGCGGCUUUGGCGGAAGCUGGCGUCGUCUCUCCUCUCAGAAUCAACCGCCUAGUUCUUGAGGAACACGAGGGAAGUCCUCUGAGAGUGCUCUUCAGCAUCCUAGAAAAGCCGGACGUGGUAGGAAACGCCCCGGGGGCCAUUCUCGAGAACGACAUGAAACAGGCCGCCUCCGUCAUCGACUCCUUCAUAUCGCAGUCCAGGCUGGUCAUUGUUGUGCAUCUGCCGGCCAUUGCGCUCCACCCAGAGGAGCCUGUGUACGUGGCCAUCGUCCCGGUCCCUGGCUCUCUGAAGGAAGUGGACAGGGAUGGAUCCAGCAAUUACGGAUACGAAACAAAGCAGCCCUACCAGUCAGGAGACAUGGCCGGCCUCGCCAUCGGCAUGCUGCUGCUGGGCGGGCUGCUGGGGGUCGCCGUGAACAUGGUCCUGCAGCGACGCGCGUCGGGCCAGAUGGGCCUCCCGCGCGUGAACUUGGCGCGCCGGUCCGCCCCGACGCCCGAAACCUCCAUCAACCUCAACGCGGAUCUCACGGCCUCUGAAACCUAGACGAGAUCGCAGACAUUACGUGUUUACUUUGAUAUAUAUAUAUAUAUAUAUAUAUAUAUAUAUAUAUAUAUAUAUAUAUAUAUAUAUAUAUAUAUAUAUAUAUAUAUACAUUAUAUAAAUAUGUUGAAAGAGUAUAUUAGAGAUGUAGGUAUUGAUGUGAAAAAUUGUGCUUUAACUUCCUAAUUUUGGACUUAACAAGACACAUACAUAUUACUUAUGGAUUUCAAACCUUAAUAUAAAGAUAGGUACUGAUUUGUCUAAAAGAUAUCAAUUCCCCGUGACACAGUAUACAGAUCAAUUUAAUUUGAUAAUUUGUAAAUCUAAAUGCAAUGUGAUGAUAGUAAGUUCUGACAAUAAUAUAGAAUUCUAGUAUGUAAAAUAUGUAGUCCUUUUGUAAGUAAAUGAGAAUGGAUAACUUCUACUUUCAAGCUAAUAAACAGUAAUCCUGAGCAUCGCCA